AUGGUUAAGCACAACAAUGUUAUCCCCAAUGAACACUUUAGAAAACAUUGGCAAAACUAUGUGAAGACAUGGUUUAACCAACCAGCAAGGAAGACCAGAAGACGCUUGGCUCGCCAGAAGAAGGCAGUUAAGAUUUUCCCCAGGCCUACUGCUGGGCCUCUUCGGCCAAUUGUUCAUGGGCAAACUGCCAAAUACAACAUGAAACUCCGAGCUGGUAAAGGGUUUUCUCUUGAAGAAUUGAAGGCUGCUGGUAUCCCCAAGAAGCUUGCUCCAACCAUUGGCAUUGCUAUAGAUCAUCGCCGCAAGAACCGUUCUUUGGAGGGUCUUCAAGCUAAUGUGCAGAGGCUGAAGACAUACAAGGCUAAGUUGGUUGUUUUCCCAAGACGUGGACGCAAGACCAAGGCUGGUGACUCUACACCAGAGGAACUUGCUAAUGCUACUCAAGUCCAAGGAUCAUACUUGCCUAUCGUCAGGGAGAAGCCAGCAGUUGAACUUGUUAAGAUAACCGAUGAAAUGAAGGCAUUCAAAGCUUAUUACAAGCUCCGUCUUGAACGCACAAACAAGCGUCACCUUGGUGCUAGGCUCAAGAGGGCUGCUGAGGCAGAAAAGGAAGACAGCAAGAAGUGA